AUGGCUGAAAGCGUGUUGCCUCCUCCUACGAAGUUCAAUAUCGAAGCCACAGAUGCAUACAUAGAAUGGAAAGCUUGGAUAGAGUCUUUUAAUAUCUAUGCUGUAGCGGUCGAGCUCGAAAAAAAGUCGGAUGGUGUCCAAACAGCGACAAUGCUGCAUUGCCUAGGGCCGGCGGUGCAAAGAAUAUUUAGAACAUUGCCCAGCAAGAAAGAAAGUUUUAAAGAGGCAGUUGAAGCUCUUGAAGGCUAUUUCGCGCCGAGAAGAAACGUCGUUGCUGAAAGACACAAGUUUCGCAGUCGAAAACAAAAUGCUGAUGAGACAAUCAAUGCGUAUCUAACAUCGUUAAGGGAAUUGGUAAAAACGUGUGAAUUCGGGGCGCUCGAAGACGAAAUGCUAAGGGAUCAAAUCGUAGAAAAAUGCUAUUCAAAACAACUAAGAGAAAGACUCUUAGCUCAGGAAGAACUAGACCUGGCUAAGACCCUCAGAAUAGCAAGAAGUAGCGAAAGCGCCAUAAAAGAAGCACGACUCCUUUCUGGUCAUGAAACAAAAGACAACAUCAUUAACAUUGACCGCCUGAAUAACCCUGACAAGCGAAAUAGGAAUUACAAUAGUGAAAAUUUCAAGUGCUAUAGGUGUGGCGGCGUGGGCCACAAGCCAGCAGAUUGUCGAGCCAUAAGUAUGAAAUGUAAUAACUGUCAAAAGUUAGGACAUUUUGCUCGCGUAUGUCGCUCGAAGGGUGUAUCUCGAAAGCCGUAUGAAUCUCAAAAGACUUCGAGUAAAAAGACGAAAGCGCAUAGAAACGUCCGUGCAAUUCGACGCAAAGAUUCAGAUAGUAAUGAAUCGUGUAUUGAAAGCGAAUCCGAAGACGAACAGAUUCUGUUCAUGGAAGGGCAAGACAGUCCUGUCCAGAUUACAAUCAAUGGUCGCAAGAUAAAGAUGGUCGCCGACACCGGUUGUAGGCAGAACAUUAUUUCUUCCCAGUUGUAUACAGAGCAAUUCAAAGAACACCCACUCAAAAGCACAACCAAACAGUUUGUGGCAUAUGGUCAGAAGGUACCGCUAACCUGCCUUGGUCGAUUUAAAGCCAGUUUGAAAGCAGGUAUGAUGACUAUUCAUAGCUUUGUGUACGUAAUUAAAGGCCAAGCCGAGUCGCUGCUCGGGAGAAAAAGCUGUUUUGACUUGGGAAUAUUCAAACAAGUCAAAUUUGUGAAGCAGACUAACUCUAACUCUAAGAAGAUUAAUGACCCAAGAUUGAACUCAUUAGUUAAUGAAUAUAAUGACUUGUUUCACGGGUUAGGUCAAAUUACAAAUUAUUAG